AUGCGCACAACGCCUACUGCCGCACUGGAGGUGGCUCUUGGUCUGCCACCCCUGGAUCUAUUCAUACAGCAGGAGGCCGCCAUGGCGCUCAUUAGACUCAAACACCUGGGUCUAUGGCACAAACGUGGGGGAUCGCACUCUAAAUUAUGGGAUCAAUUGGUGGAAUACGAACCACUGAUAGCAGCGCCAUGCGAUAGAAUCCCAAAACACCAUAUCUUCACAAGAAGAUACUACAUCCAGAUACAUGGAAAUGACCGAGAUCAAUCCGGAAUUAACGAAGUCCGAAUUUACACGGACGGUUCCAAGACUAGGUCAGGAACUGGAGCCGGAGUUUUCUCGCAAGACCUAAACAUAAACAUAUCACUAGCGUUAGGCCAACACAGUUCCAUAUUUCAAUGUGAAUGUGUGGCAAUAACUUACGCUGCCACAACGGCCAUAUCAAGGGGUAUUAAGGACUACAACACAAGCACUGGAACAGCUCGCUAUAUUCAAUGGGGUAAUCCUCCAAUGGAUUAA